AUGACUAGAUCUUCCGUCUUAGCUGAUGCUUUAAACGCUAUUAACAAUGCUGAAAAAACUGGUAAACGUCAAGUUAUGAUUAGACCAUCAUCCAAAGUCAUCAUCAAAUUCUUAUCCGUUAUGCAAAAACAUGGUUACAUUGGUGAAUUUGAAUACAUUGAUGAUCACAGAUCAGGUAAAAUCGUCGUUCAAUUAAACGGUAGAUUAAACAAGUGUGGUGUUAUCUCCCCAAGAUUCAAUGUCAAGAUUAAUGAUAUUGAAAGAUGGACUGAUAACUUAUUACCAGCUAGACAAUUUGGUUACAUUAUCUUAACCACCUCUGCUGGUAUUAUGGAUCACGAAGAAGCCAGAAGAAAGCACGUUUCUGGAAAGAUUUUAGGUUUCGUUUACUAG